AGCCAGCGUCAUGCAGCAGUAGGGCCAUGAAGUGUGCAAAAUGAAAUGAGUAGCUACAUACUUAUACCCCUACGGGAAUUAGAAGAGGCAUGUUAUUGUAAACCAUGCUGUCUGAAUAGAACACAUUUUCGAGAUGUUUCUUGUAGUUUGCUAGUUAGGUUUUGUCACUAGCCAGGAGUGUUUUUUUCUGUUAUGUGUUUACUGUGAAAGAGGACAGUUUGCGUCAGCUUUCAAGAUGGACACCGCCGAGGAAGCGGACAUAUGCCGGGUCUGCCGGUCUGAAGGAACCCCGGAAAAGCCAUUAUAUCACCCCUGUGUGUGCACAGGAAGUAUAAAAUUCAUCCACCAAGAAUGCUUGGUACAAUGGCUCAAACACAGCAGGAAAGAAUACUGCGAAUUAUGCAAGCACAGAUUUGCUUUCACGCCAAUCUAUUCUCCAGACAUGCCUUCCCGGCUGCCUGUCCAGGACAUUUUUGCGGGGCUGGUGACCAGUGUAGGCACAGCUAUUAGAUACUGGUUUCACUACACACUAGUGGCCUUUGCUUGGUUGGGAGUGGUUCCUCUCACAGCAUGUCGCAUCUACAAGUGUCUGUUUACCGGCUCUGUGAGUUCCCUCCUCACCCUGCCAUUAGAUAUGCUUUCUACGGAGAACCUGCUGGCCGACUGCUUGCAGGGCUGUUUUGUUGUGACGUGUACGCUCUGUGCCUUCAUCAGUCUGGUUUGGCUGCGGGAGCAGAUAGUGCACGGCGGCGCCCCCCAGUGGCUCGAUCAGCAGCAACAGCCCCAACAUGCCCCAGCAGCACAGCAUCAGGAGCAGGACCCUGUUCCUGGGCAGGAGUUGGGCGAGGACCAGGUCGCCGCUGAGCCCCAGGCAAAUGACGCUGCAGUAGGGGAUGACGUCCCCGACAUCCAGGUGGACCCUGCUGAGGAGAUGGAGCUGGAGGAUGAAGACGAGGCUGGUGCUGAAGAUGUGGCUGAUGCCAACAAUGGAGCGCAAGAUGACAUGAAUUGGAAUGCCCUGGAAUGGGAUAGGGCGGCCGAAGAGUUAACAUGGGAGAGGAUGCUCGGUCUUGAUGGUUCCUUGGUGUUCCUGGAGCAUGUCUUCUGGGUGGUCUCACUUAACACACUCUUCAUACUGGUGUUCGCUUUUUGUCCGUAUCACAUUGGUCAUUUCACAGUCGUGGGACUUGGCUUUGAAGACAAUGUGAGAUCCUCCCACUUUGAAGGCCUGGUCACCACCAUCGUGGGCUACAUUCUCCUGGCCAUGACAUUAAUACUGUGCCAUGGCUUGGCAGCGUUGGUUCGAUUUCAGAGAUCCAGACGUCUUUUAGGAGUUUGCUACAUUGUUGUGAAGGUGUCCCUUCUGGUCGUCGUGGAGAUUGGUGUAUUCCCUCUCAUCUGUGGCUGGUGGCUCGACAUCUGCUCACUGGAGAUGUUCGAUGCGUCUUUAAAGGACAGAGAGCUGAGUUUUGAGUCCGCUCCGGGAACCACCAUGUUCCUCCACUGGCUGGUGGGGAUGGUUUAUGUCUUCUACUUCGCCUCCUUCAUCCUCCUACUGAGAGAGGUGCUGAGGCCCGGCGUUUUAUGGUUCCUCAGAAACCUGAACGAUCCCGAUUUCAAUCCCGUUCAAGAAAUGAUUCACCUGCCCAUAUACAGACAUCUGCGCAGAUUCAUUUUAUCAGUGGUAGUGUUUGGCUCCAUAGUCUUACUGAUGCUGUGGCUUCCCGUUAGGAUGAUCAAACUCCUCCUCCCAGCCUUCCUCCCCUAUAAUGUCAUGCUCUACAGCGACGCCCCGGUCAGUGAGCUGUCUCUGGAGCUGCUCCUGCUGCAGGUGGUUCUGCCGGCCCUGCUGGAACAGGGUCACACGCGCCAGUGGCUCAAAGGCCUUGUCCGGGCCUGGACCGUCAGCGCCGGUUACCUGCUGGACCUCCACUCCUACCUGCUGGGCGACCAGGAAGGGGAGGACAACGAUGCGGACCAGCAGGCCAACAACCAGCCGGGCAGGAACGACAACGCCAUCCCCCAGGGCCUGCACGCAGCCCACCAGGCCGUCCUUCAGCAGGGAGGGCCGGUGGGCUUCCAGCCCUACCGCCGGCCCAUGAAGUUCAGCUUCAGGAUAGUGCUGCUGAUCCUGUUCAUGUGUGUGACGCUGAUGGUGGCCAGUCUGCUGUGUCUCACGUUGCCAGUAUUCACGGGCCGGUACCUGAUGUCCUUCUGGACAGGGAGCGCCAAGAUCCACGAGCUGUACACGGCGGCGUGUGGCCUGUACGUGUGCUGGCUGUCAAUCCGGGCUGUGACAGUGCUGCCGGGCUGGAUGCCCCGGGGCCGCGGGGUGGUUCUACUCAAGGUCCAGGAGUGGGCCCUCAUGGUAAUGCUCUGUGACACGAUCUUGAAGACGGUGGUUGUGGCUGUCCUGCUGGCUGGAGCCAUCCCUCUGCUGCUGGGCCUGCUGUUUGAGCUGGUCAUAGUAGCUCCUCUCAGGGUUCCACUGGACCAAACUCCCCUCUUCUAUCCCUGGCAGGACUGGGCUCUCGGGGUGCUCCACGCCAAAAUCAUCGCAGCCAUUACUCUGAUGGGUCCCCAGUGGUGGCUGAAAACAGUUAUUGAGCAGGUCUACGCUAACGGAAUUCGCAACAUUGAUCUCCAUUUCAUCAUCCGUAAGCUGGCAGCCCCAGUCCUCUGUGUUCUGCUGGUGUCUCUCUGUGGACCCUAUGUCAUCUCAGCUGGCAUCGUCCCCAUCGUAGGAGUUACCAUGGAGAUGCAGAUUUUGGUGCAGAGGAGAAUCUACCCCUUCCUGCUCAUGGUUGUCAUGCUGCUGGGAAUCCUCUCCUUUCAAAUCCGUCAAUUCAAGCGCCUUUACGAACACAUUAAGAAUGACAAGUACCUGGUUGGACAGAGGUUGGUGAACUAUGAACGCAGCGUGGCAGGCAGAAGCACAGCUACACGCAGCAGUUCUUCCCAUGAGUAGGAGCCUUUAACACCUGACCUGAGAACAGCUUUUAUGUGUGUGGCCUCUCCUACGCCUCCACCGUUCCGACACGUCUCCACUGGCUCCUUACAGUCAAGGCUCAGGCGAUAGCCUCUCGCUGUGCCCUCCUAACUUCCUGCUCAUAGGCUCAGCCGGAAAAGUAUUGUUUUACCAAUGCGUUAACGUAUGAAAACCCGCCAAGUUGGAUUCGAAGAAGGAUACGUAAUCUUUGUGCAUCGUGACAAAAAGGCAUAUUUUGUUAAUUUAUUAAAUCUAGAUGUCACUGUACUGUGGGUUCCUGUUGUUGAAUCUGGAUUGACUAGUGUGGUAUGUGUGCUGUUCGUCAAGGAUGCAGUCCUUGGAUACCACUCUUCUGCCCAGCACAAUGGCAAACUAUUGGAACACACGACUGAGGGUCCAGGAAUGAGGACCGUGAGACAAGGAUGAAGAUCUUUAGAAUCAGUUUUUGCUGUUUUUAUUUAUUUAGAUUUUCCUUUUUAGGGGUUUAGUAUUAAGGUGUGGGUAAGAAAGGAGAUUACAGUUCCCAUUGGAAUGUCCUAUUUACUCUUUCAGCUACCGGACUCAUCGCCAGGGACGUUUUGUUUAGAAUUCAUGCAUUUCAGUUCAGUGCCUGACUGAAUGGCCAAAAGGGAGCAAAUGAGUGUCAGGCUUCCCUGAAAUAGCUUUAUAUUUGCUCAAUUGUGUCCUGUCUCAGGCUGGGCUUAUUAUUCUGUUUCCCAGCGAGCCAGAUUUGGAUAAUGUAGCUUGGAUGUUUGAUCUCAUUUCAGAGAACAUUACAUGGCAGAGUAUCUGCUUUUUAGUUAGGCAUUUGGUAUUAGGAAGUUACAAGAUUGUAACUGUGUGCUAAUUAAAUUUGUAUAGUUUCUACUCGAGAUUUCUUGCUACACUUGUUGUACAGAGUAUCAUGUGAUGUUACUUAUGCACGAUAUCAGUCUUUGCACUUUCAAAAUCUUUAACAUAGUGAUGUCAUUCAUAAAAUGUUUUAGUGAAAUCGUGUCAGUAUUUCAAUGUGGUGGCGAUGACACUACAUUUAAAUAUUAUUUUCUUCAUGAGUUUUAGGUCAGGGUUGACUGUUUGUUUUUGUGGUAAGGAGAUUCUAAGUUCGUAAAUAAAGAAUUUCUAUGCUUAUGGAUUGUUUACAAAGGCAAACAUUUUCUUUUUCAAUGUGUACAUUUUGUUGUCAGUGGCAGGUUUAUGAUUCAUUUUCUCAUUGUUUCAGAGAGAUUCUAUAAGUGACCUAUGAUCUUACAAAACUGGAUACGAUUGUUUACAUGCUCUUCAUUUUAUUCUCAAUUUGACGCAAAUGUUCUAUUUUUAUAUGUGCAUAUAGAUGUUUAAAUCUUGUUGCUGUUUCAUCUGCUUCCAUGGGUCAUGUUGUAUUCCUAAGUGAUAAAGUGUAUAUUGGUAAUCAUAAUAAAUAGCUUUUUUUCCCUCACCUUAA